AUGAGUGCGCGCCGCAGUCGGUUAUUAUCGUGCCUCGCUACAAUCACAUGGUGCGCGACGUUGCAUCUCCGCGCGCUGCCAGCCUCGGCGGCGAUCGUCGUCGUAACUCCCAAGAACGCCUCUUACGUCAUCAAUGACGUCGACGCCAACUUCGGCGGUAUCAUCCCCUCGAGCGGAAUUCGCGGCGUUCUGCGCCGAGCGGAGCCGCUCGACGCGUGUCAGCCGCUCGCGUCCCGCGCAAAGCGCUCUGAGCGGGCCUUCGCGCUGAUCACACGUGGCAACUGCCUAUUCGACACCAAGGUGCUGAACGCGCAGGUGGCGGGGUACGCGGCCGCGGUAGUGUUCAAUAACGAGGAUAACGACGAGCUUGUAUCGAUGUCCGCGCGCAACGUGUGGGACGUGGCGAUCCCCGCGGUCUACAUCUCCCACGCGGACGGCCAUUUGCUGCUCUCCCUCCUCGCCGCGCAACCCGCGUCGCUCCUCAUCCUCCUCCCCACCCUCUCCGGCUCGCUCCUCCCGCUGCUCGCCGCGGCGCUCCUCGCGCUGCUCACGCUCUCCGUCUUCCUCUCCGCGUUUCUAAUCAUUAUGCGCCAGCAGCGGAUACGGCGCGCGCUCGAGGAGGCGCGGAGGGGGGGCGCGUGGGGGGCCGCGUGGGGGGCCGCGGGGGCGGAAGCGGAAGCCGCCGAGGGAAUGGGGGAGGAGGGGCUGGUGGUGAUGCGCGCGCUGCUGCUUCCGCAGCCGCAGCUUGAUAAGCGCAUCGGCUUAUCAGCUGCGGAGCUGAAAGCGCUUCCGGAAAUAACGUACUCGCCUUCUAUGGAAGAUCUCGCGGAAGCUUGUAAAGGGGAUAAUGGAGUAGAGGCAGGGGAGGAUGGGUAUGAGUUGGGAGGAGAUGUGGAAGGGGGGAGGGAUCCUGGGAAAAACGAGGGGGGAGAGGAGAGAAAGGAGGAGGGAAAGGAGGCGGGGAGGAGGAGGAGGAGAGGGUGGAGCAGGGCGCUGGAGACAUGCGCCAUCUGCCUGGACGAUUACCAAUCGGGCGACCGCCUCAGAGUGCUGCCCUGCGGUCAUGAGUUCCAUGCGGACUUCAACCCCACUCCUUAUCCUCCUCCUCUCCCUCCUCUCUUUCCUCCUCCCCUCACACGCAAUCCCAAUCCCAUCCCUCCUCACCAUUGUUCCUCACCUCUCUGCUUCCGAACCUACCUUGGCUAA